AUGAGUUUGAGGCGUGUCUCUAGGCAGGUGGGCGUUGCAGGUUUGCUGACGUCAAAGUUCAGUGUGGCAGGGAUGCAGAGUGGAGAUUUGGUGCCACCGGCAGGCGUAGACUUCGACGGUGGCGGCGAAGCGCUGCAGCAACAGCCUAUAAGCCACCAGCAGGUGGAGGAUGGAAAGACGAUUGUUUCGAGCACGCGGAAGAAAUACACAGUUCUCCAGUCGGCUUCACAUCGUCUGCUGAAUACGACUAGUCUUCGCGCAGUGGAACGGUACAUUGCACUCAACAAGACAUAUCGCUUUGCUGAACGUGACGGGCCACCGGCACAGGUGAUUCCGGAGCUUCCAUUCCAGCGCCAAUACGAUGGUGAUGAAGUGCUUCAGUUGGCAGUAAAAACAGUUCGUGUCAGGGAGAGUGCGCUGGACGUUCCGCUUCGCUUCAUCACCCCUGAAGAAAUUCACGCACCGCCCCUUGAGGACCCACCGACGAACCUCCCACUCGCGCGGCGGGUGACGGCUCUGUUGAAGGGCGCCGAGUCCGUGCCGGUGCAUUGGAUGGCGCGACGUCCAGGAUCCUUGGCUGCAGCCGGUGAUGACAGUGUGGUACAGCUGAAAGUUAUGAGGGAUGCCAUUUCUCGGGGCCAUUCUGCCAUUCGUGCUGGCAACACAAAGGAGGGGGCGCAUUUGUUUUGCACUGCAGCUUCCCUGCAUUACAAUAGCGGAAAUAUGGAGCUCGCACGGUCGUUCUUUGCCAAAGCUCUUUCAGCUUUUGAAUUGAUAGGUGAUUUGCGUGGCAUUUCCUUUUGUCACAACAUCUUGGGUGUCUGCUACUGCCGUCUGCGGCAGUUUAAGGUAGCGUUGCUGCAUCACAAGCGGCAGGGAUCUCUUGGUGGAUGUUACUCACGGGCGGUGGCUCAAAUCAAUAUGGGGGUCAGUUACGCCGCGCUUGGGGAGCUGAGUUUUGCAGAAUCUGCUCUUGAAGAUGCCCUGGCAAAUGCACGCACAUGUGAGAGUACUCUUUUGGAAACGAUCGCACUUGGAAACCAGGGCCUCGUGCAUCUGCGUAUGGGCAACAUGCGGGUGGCUCAGACAGACUUGGAGCAGUGCUUGGAAAAGUGUAGUCUUGGUGGGGACAAGAGCGGAGCUGCCAUCUGUCUACUGUUGCUUGGCGAAGUGUACUCUCUCAUACAUGAUCACCAACACGCAUUGUUCUAUUAUGAACAUGCCUACCGUAUUGGAGGUGAGGCAGAUUGCCCUGAUGUAGUGGAUGUGGCUCGCGUCAGCAUUGGCAUUGCUCGUGGAAACGCCGCGUUGAGAGAUGCCGUCAUUUUGCAGGCCAAGCAAAUGGGACAACAAAUUCACCUCAAAGAUGUUGUGACGUUGCUUCCUCCGUAG